AUGUUGAAGAAGAGAUAUUAAUUUAAGGGUGAAGAUGGAGUUGUUUAAAGAAAACUAAUUUUAAGAUUUCGCUUACCUUAAGAUCGUAAAUCAUAAACAGGAGCUGUGAUAGAAUAAGAUUUAAAUGGAAAUAAAGUAGUCUCAAGGAAGAUUGUAUCAAAUAAUAAACCAGUUGAUUCAACCUGGGUUUAAUUGAAUAAUGGAUAAUUAGAGAAAAUAGUUUCAUAGGAAGAACCUGAAGCAUAUAUUGAAGAAGAAAUCAUCAUAAUAAACCCAAAAACAGGUAAACAAGAGCGUAAAUUGGUUAGAAGACCUUAUGAAAAUGAUGAAGAAAUCGGAGAUUAAUUAAAUGAAUCAAUAGGUAAUAACUAAAAAGUUGUGGCUCGAAGAAUUGUACAAAAUGAUAGUUCUUUAAACGAAUGGAAGAAAAAUUAGAAAACUGGAUAAUUAGAAAAAAUAAUCGUUUAGAAUGAACCAGCCAAAUAUAUUGAGGAAGAAGUCUUAGUAAUGAAUGAAGAGACAGGAAAGAUGGAAAGAAAAUUAAUAAGAAAACAGUAUUAGCCUGGUUUGAAUGUAGGAAAUAAUAUAUAAGAAAAUGAUUCAUAUGGAAAUAAAAUUCUUGCAAGAAGAAUUGUUGAAAAUACUUCAUCAACUUAGUAAGUCGAGAAGGAAGGCUGGAAAAGUAAUUAAGGAAAUUAUGAAAAAACCUUGUCAAUUCAUGAACCAACCAAAUUUAUAGAAGAAGAAGUUAUAAUUAUGAGACAAGGAGGAAAAUAAGAGAGGAAAAUUAUAAGAAGACCAUUAGAUGAAGAUGAGAAUAUAGAAGAAGGAGAACAACUUUUAGAAGAUUUAGGUGAAGGUUAUUAUGUAGUUUCUAGAAAGAUUGUUGAUAAUGAUUUAUCUCUUACUUCUACUAAGUGGAAGAAGAAUAAUGAUGGGAAUUAUGAAUAAUCAUUGGGAGUUGAACCAUCUUAAUAUAUAACAGAAGAAGUUCUUAUAGGUUAAUAAUGA